UAAAUGCAACGAAAAGAUGGAUAUCUACUUUAGAUACCCCUGCAAAUAUAGAACGAGCUAAAAAAUGGAUAACAAUUUUUUCCAAAGAAUCAAUUCCAAAAGAUAUGUUAACCAUUACCUUUGCUCGAAGUAGUGGUCCUGGUGGUCAAAAUGUAAACAAGGUUAACACGAAAGUAGACCUACGGUUUAAUUUGGACCAGGCAUAUUGGAUACCUGAAUACGCGCGCAAGAAACUAGUGAUCCAAGAAUCAAAUCGUAUAAACAAAAAGGGCGAAUUUGUCAUAACUUCUGAAACAACACGCUCACAAGUUAAAAAUAUUGAAGAUUGUAUAGAAAGGUUGUAUGAAAUUAUAGUGAAAGCUGCUGAAAUUCCAAAAGGUCCGAGCGAGGAAACAAUACAAAGAAUCGAAAAACUUAAAGAAAAGGAAGAUCAUAAACGAAAGUUAGACAAACAAUUUAGAUCCCAGAAAAAAUUCGGACGUAAAUAUUCUGAUGAUUUAUAA